UGUCACUCUGACCGCUGCCCUAUUAUGUAUUAUGGAGGGAAUCUCCCCAUUCAUCUAUAAAAUGCAGUUUUCUAUUGCUGUUAACAACCUGAAUUAUAAUGGCUUCUGUGGCUCCAGAAGUUGUAUUUUUUUAUGGUCCCCCUUUUCCAGUAAGUAUAUAAACUUUUUCGUGACAUCUGGGUAAGUGAUGCGAGAACCUGGGGCACUGUUUGAGGGGCUUAUGCCCGAGAAUGUCGUCCUUUCUUGCGUUGGUUGAACUUAACUUACAUUAAUUUUUUAUUUUGUACUUUUAAGGGAAAAACGUUGUUUUACGCUCAUGAGUUUUCUCAAACACAUGCGAGGAUUUGUCCUCAUGAGCUUUUUGAAGCUGAUCCUUCUCUGAGCCUCAGAGCUGUGAUUCUUAAAGUUGUCAACGUUGUAAGCAAGGUAAAGGGAGAUCAACUUAUAAAGUGCAUAAUAUCCCGUGGGGCAUGGGCAAGGAAUUAGGAUUUCACUGAAGAAAUAUAUCCAAGAAAGGGGAGAAAAAUUGUGGUAUUAAGCUUAAAGCUGGAAAGUAUAUUGGGUGUACAGAUCUAUACAGGUCUUACAAGGCAAGGGAUGAAAUGUCAGUGGUGUGGGUUGGGGUGGUGUUGGUUGUGGUGGCGGCGGUGGUGGGGGGUGGGGUUUGGUUGUGGGGUUUAAUAAAGCCUUCCACAAACAGAUGACGUCUUUUCAAAUUCAGUCUUAUUUUUCUGUCCCACAGCUUUCUAAACAACAACAGAUCUUAAGUAAAGGUAUAUAAAUCGAGGUGUAGAAUCCUUAUCUGUUGCCAGAACCUUGCAUACGGGAUUUACAUAUAACUCAUUCAAUUUUUCAACUACUGUGGACAGCCCUGUCCAUUAACGUUAUACAUUUAUAUAUUGCCCCAGCAAAUUCUAUGAAUUACGUUUUUGUAAUGGCUAGUGCAUGAGAUUUAUUAAUGAACACCUCUCUUAAUGCAAAGCAUCCAGGCUUGGCCUUGCCUUUUCACUGCAGCCUGUACUAGGUCAUUUUUGCAAGUGACUUUCCCUUGGAAUGUCAGAAAGCUUGACAAUUUUUUUGUACAGGUAUUUAAAUCUGUUUCGGCUUAAAAAUAUAUACAAAUGGACAACAGACAAUUCUUGUCUUAAAAAUAUGAUUCCAUUUCAGGGACAGAGUGUUGUUUUGGAUGAUGAAAAGAGCACCAAGAAAUCAAGAAAAUCUUACUUGAAUAUUAUCAGAAAUAAGGUACAGCUGUGUGGUGUGGUUAAAUGUUUAUGGCCUUUUCUGUAUUUUCACAAGUUAGCAAGUCAAUAAAUUUUGCAAGUAAUAUUGGUUCUUAGCUAAUUGUUUCAGUUUAAUUCUGCAGGUUCCAUACUGUUCCUACAGAGUGGUAUAUUUUCAUGUUAAUUCUUGUGAUGGACUGUUGAUCUGUGAAUGGGCCAGAGAAUGGCAACUUGCUCAUCAGUUUGAAUGUCUGUCAGAUGAUGCAACAUUUAAAAUUGAGACUGUGAAGAACAGUGAGCAUUGGUUUGAGAAGAGAAGUGUAGGUAAGAUUUGGCUUAAUAGUAGGUUGAUGCGUUAAUAAUUAUAAAAUUUAUAUUUACCGGUACAUUCAUUUAAUAUACAGUAGUAAUUUGACAAGUAAUGUCUUUUGCUCCAAGAUGGGUCAUGCUUUUAAUUUUUCAGAAUUACCUGUCAAAGGAGAGGGGUUUAGUAAAAUUGAUCAGGUGGAAAUCCAGUUGAUAUGUGACACACCUUACAAGGUAACAGAAAAAUUCUUAUUAGUGAGCUAAAUCAAAGGCGUUUGUGAGCAAUUAUGCACGUCAACUGGAAGUGACAACUUUUCCUAUUAAUAUGCCUUCAUGCUCCCAAAUUUGUUGAUACAUGUCGUUACUCUUAUAGAGAUAUGUGUUGCUGGAAAAUUUGAGCAAAACCAGUACUUAAGAAUGCAAAAAGGGCAUUUCUAGUUGAUGUAUGUGGCUCAAAAACUUUCCACUUAAUAACCCCCUUAUUGAUUCUUUUUAGUAUUCAAGAUGUUUGAUGGAUAGUUAAACGCAUUUUUCAUAAGUCUCUGUGUAGCUCAGAUGCUUUGGGAUUGACCCAAAAGUCAGUGAGUUUGCAUUGUAAAUUUCCAAGCACACUUCAAUUCUCAUAUUUUCUGAAAAAAAAACCAAAAAAACAAAAAACAAAAUAAAACCUGUAUUAAUAAUUUGGGAGACACCUCUUGAUCUAUGAAGUUGACCACUAGCUAUUCUGCAGUUUGUUGUUCCAGCACUGUUUCUCCAGUGGGAGGGACUUUUUGAUGAUGCAGAGGAAGUUCAGUGUAAUGCUAAGAGGGUGGCCAUUGGCAUUAUAGGAAAGUGGAGCCAGAGUAAUCCUUGUGGAAGAGUUAUUGUAUUUCAUUUGAGUGCCAAGCAACCAUGUCCUGGUAAGGCAAUAGUUAUACCUUGUCUGACUGAAAAAGGUUCACUUGUCUUACAGUCCAAAAAGGCUCAUUAACUGUACCCCGUAGCUUAUUCCAGACUCUGUUGCUCAUAAACCACAGAGAUUGGAUUGGAUUUGAACCUACAAAGCCCAUACUGUAACUCACUAAAUGACAAAAGUUUAGGGAUAGGAAUGCAAAGGUUGAUUUCAUCUGGUCCUUUCCAAGGUUUUGUAAUUGGCCAAGAAUUUGCAGGUGUACAGUUGAACCUCCAUUAACCCUUUAAGCCCCGAUAUCCACAUAUAAAUUCUCCAUACUGACCUUCAUACAUUUCCUCAAAAAAAAAAAGUUGAGAGAGUUUGAUAACAGAACAAAGAAUUUUUUCUUUGGUGAUCAUGUUUUAUUAACUCUCAUAAUCAUUUCUCUGGCAACAUAUGGAUAUUGUUAGGAGAAAAUUGAUGUUGGUCACUAUCGGGACUUAAAGGGUUAAGUGGUCACCCUUGCAUGGUGUACCUGCAAGUGGCCGCUUUAUGGAGGUUACUCAAUAGAGGUUCGUUGUAAAUAAGCAUAACAUGAGCAUAAUCUUAAGCAGAAACAUCUCUUUAUUUUGAAACAAACACGUGACAGAGGAGCAGCAUCACUGGUCCACAAUCGGUCAUCACCUUCUAUCUCAGACAGUAUUUUCCUUUAUCGUAUUUUUUGAAGGUCUCCAGGAGACCUUGCUUGUUUCCAAACCUUAACUUUUGUUAAAUGAUCAGUAAAUUUUUUUCUCUCAAGAUAAUGCAGUUUUUAUAAGUUGUGCGAUUUCCUAUGGAUUAUGCAAUAAAUUAUAUGGAAUUUUAGGGUUAGCUGUGGAAGAUCUCACCAUCAUGUAAUAACAGAAGCCCUAAAAAAUGUGACGUAAAGGUUGAUGACCAAGGAAACAUUUCUAUGACAUGUCCUGUAAGCAAAGCCAGCUGUAUUGAAGCUACUGAAGUGUGUAAAAUGGAAAUAAUACUUACCGCCACACACCCCCAUGUUAAUGCAUUAUUGAAUUGAAUUUCAAUAUUUAUUAUAAUUUAUUAUUUCCCCUUAAUAAAUUGUAACUACGUUUUUCACUUAUCUGUUUAAUUUGUGUUUCCUUAAACAGAAGGAAGCUGUGAAUGUGUUGAAAAAAUGAAGAGGGAUUUGAGUGAACUGGCAACACAGGUACAUAACAUGGGAUAACGUACAGUGUGUGGUUCCUAAAAAUAUUCCUACCCAGCCAUUGGAGGGCUACUGGACAAGAUAGAGCCUGGGGUGUCUUAAACCCCAAAAGUUCUAAAAGAAAGUCUGAAGCUAAACUCGGGAAUUCCCAGAGGGGUAGGGUACGUAGUGGGGUGAUGGCUCAUGAAACCAAGAAGCCCUCCAUAGGGGGAGUACAAGCAUUAUUAUUUUCUGUUGAUAGCAAACCUUCACCAGCUGCUUUGCUUGCCUUUCUCUCCCGGCCCUAGUCUGUUUACAGAGAUUCUAUUCUCUCUUAAUGGAUCAUCAUGUGUGUGUAUGAAAAUAAAAACUACAGGGGAUUUAUUGACUGCUAGCACAACAGGGUAUCACUCUGGGGUGAGCAAAUGAGUGAAAAGCUCUCUCCUUUUUUUCUUGCUCUCCGCACUUAAAACUUCUGGAGGAAACACUAGCACAGCCCUUUCUUUUUGUCACUAAGAUCCCCAGCUUCAUCAUUGAACAUUCAGCUUCAUUUUGUUUUACUUCAUUAUGAGCUCUGCCUGUUAACUGUCCACAUACACACAAAAAUAAAAAAAUAAUAAUAGUAACAAAAAGGAAAAAAAAAAAAAAAAAACAAAAACAAAACAAAACAACAACAACAGCAACAAAAUAUCAAAAUUCUCAUGUAAGUGUUCCUUUUUUCUUUUUUUUUUUAGACCGAUGUCCCUGUUUACUUUGUGCACUUUUGUUCAUUUAUGGCAAAGUUUAGCAGACCUCCUGACCCAGGAUUAUUUGCCUGGCUUCAGAAACUUCAUACCAUUGAUUUGUCAAGCAGGGUAAGGUUAUGGCCACAUUGUUUGAAGCCUGUGGUUAACUUUUAUUUCGAGUUAUUGUAGAAACUAUUACUAACUGGAUUUUCAUCAGCCAUCCAUUGAAAAACUCAGCAAAGACUGUUACAUGUAGUUGUGUGCUAUGAGGUAUGCUAUGUUGGUAUGCGGGAUGCUCAAAUGGGCAUGUGUACCUCACUGUGCAUGACCUUGAUUUUGCAUUGGAUGUGUGAAAGCCAUCUUUGGUGAUUUUACUUGAGUUUGCAUUAGCAUUGCUUACUCAUGUGAAGCUGCCCUUACUCCUCGCAUUAUGUCACCUUUUUUUGCUAGCCUUACACGCAGAAUAUAUUUUUUUUCACACGUUCCUUCCCCACGAAGUAACACAUGACAAAACCGUAAGAACUUCUGCAUGGGAGGCUACCUUUUAUACCAAAUUCACGAUUUCUCUUGGUUGUAUAAAUCGAUAUACCUGUUGUGGAUGAGAGAGUGGCGCCACUGAAGUAUCUGCAGGCAAAACUAAGUAUAAAACAAAUCCCUUUGAUGCGGUAUACAGCUGUGCUAAGAUUAAU